AGUCCUCCGAGUUCACCACUUGCCCUCCCAUCCGCCGGACUCCUCAUCUCUUGCCUUCUCGCGCGUGAGUUCGGGCGUCAAACCCAAUCGGGAUGGCCGGAAGGACGACGCGCCUGCUGUCACUGAAGCUGGCCGUCAUGAUCCUCAAUCCCUUUCUCGCGCUGCUGCUCUUCUCCGCCACGCCACUCCAUGGCCUCAACAUCGGCGUCCAGUCUGUCAACUCCGGCCUCACUGCGAGCAAGCAGCAGUGCAGCAGGAAGUGCCAGUCUGAUCAUUGCACCGUGCCACCCUUGUUGAAAUAUGGCAAGUAUUGUGGCAUCCUGUACAGCGGUUGCCCAGGGGAGAAGCCAUGUGAUGCUCUUGACGCCUGCUGCAUGGUGCACGAUGCCUGCGUCCAAUCCAAGCAUGAUUACUUGAGCCAGGAGUGCAACGAGAACUUCCUCGACUGCAUCGCGGCGGUGAGGGCGUCCGGUAAGGGCACGUUCAAGGGGAACAAAUGCAUGGUGGAGGAGGUGGUGGAGGUGAUGACUCUGGUGAUAGAAGCCGCCUUGUUAGCCGGAAGGGUUCUUCACAAGCCAUAGGAGAAACAAGGGGUGAAUCAAUUUACUGUUCGUUGUUUAUGUGAGAUCACAUGUCCCUCCAUAAAGUUUGCAAUGUUACAUCACUUAUUGUCCUCGGUUCAUCUUAUCCAUAGCUCAUGAGCAGAAGACUUGUGUCCAACUCUGUCUGUCUUUUCUACGAGGAGUAUCUCUUUCAUUUUGAUAUGGUGCAUGUUACUGGACUUGUUUGUUCUGUAGCUUUUACAUAGAGUGAUUCCUUUGUCUCA